AUGGGGAAUCAGAAAGGACUUUUAAAAAUUAAAGGAAUCAGAAAAGAUGCAGUUGACAAGAUUAUCGAAGUAGCCUCUAAGCUUGUGCCGAUGGAUUUUAUCAGUGGUAAUGAACUCGAGGCCAAUUGCAAGGCAACCAUUCAUAUAACUACAAGAUCAAGACAGCUUGACAAUAUAUUGGAAGGUGGAAUUGAGACAGGUUCUAUCACUGAGUUACAUGGUGAAUUUGAAACUGGGAAGACUCAAUUGUGUCACACCUUGUGCGUGACUUGCCAGUUGCCACUAGAUAAAGGAGGUGCUAAGGGGAAAGUUAUGUACAUAGAUACAGGGGGCUCAUUUAGGCCUCAACGACUCUCACAGAUAGCAGAUAGGUUUGGAUUGGAUGGGUCUGAUGUAAAGGGAAAUGUCACUUAUGUUAGAGUGAAUAACACUGAUCAGCGAUCAGAAAUGCUCAUCUCUUUGUAG